AUGAUCGCUGUUCUUCCACUUCUUUUCUAUCUAACUUUCUCAACUCAAAUUCUUUCAACAACAAUUGACACACCCGAGAACAUAACACGCCUUCCCUAUUUCAAAUUAUUUCGCAUUGACACCACAAUUCCAAAAACCCCAAACAUCUGUGAAAAUACUCAUUUUUCUCAACGAAGUGUUUACUUCUCUCUUCCACAAAUGAAUCAAAAAUUGGUGGUGGGAACUUGUCGAUCUGGUGUUGGAGAAACAAAAAUAGAAAUACUCACUCAGUUAACAAAUUCAACUUUAAAACAGUGUCCAUUAGUCCGGACUCAACUUUGUGGACUUCAUGAAAUUACUGAAUUUGUUAAAACUGAAAUAGAACACACUGUAAUUAGGGUUUCAUGUAUUACAGAUUUUUGUGAAGUUCAGCUGACUGUUGAAUCCAAAGAGUCUUCACUGAAUGAAAUUUGUGAAAAUCCGAGAGAAGUGACCAAGUCUGAGAAAUUCGCUUUUGAAGUGACUCCGACGCAAAGUUACACGCAAAGUGGAUGUGACGGGGAGGUGCACUUUACAAGAGGAAAGUGGCUACUUUUUACAAGAGAAGAACGGUUGUAUCAUGUUGAAGCUAUAUACAAAGAUACUCGAAAACCAGCCCAAUUAGCUUUAAAGAGUGGGUGUUCCAAUUUCUAUUGCAAUGCGUUAUCUUAUGGGAAAGUCGAUGUUAUUCCAAAGGAAGAUACUUUAGUUUAUAUAGAAGGAGAAGAAAAUAAAGCAAUAGAAGUGAUUAUAAUACAACAGAGUGUUCAUUUACAUGACACUUGUCACACCGCACUUCCAAUUCAAAUUCCAUUUUCUGGUGUUUUUUCAAACCAUUUUCACGUCCAAGAAGUCGACAAAUGUUCUCAAAUUAAAAGCGAAAAGUUUUGGUUUACUUUUGUGGCCCACAAAACGAUGAAGGUGAAUGUCUCAACGUGUUUUGUCGAAAAUGGAGUUGAAAACAACUUUGGAAUUUUCAAGGGAACGUGUGACAAACCAACGUGCGUUUUGGAGAAAACGGCAAGUAAAAAUUGUUUUGGAGGGUUUGCUACAAGUGUUGAUGUUGUUGAAAACGAAAAGUAUUACUUUUAUGUUGCUAGUGCAUUGCCUGAAGAUACGGGAUAUUUUAAAAUUUCUGUUGGAAGUUUAGGGAGUGAUAAUACUACUCUUUUGAAUUUAAAAAAUAAUGAAAACAGUAACACUUACAUUUUUGUAACAAUAUGUGUUUCUUUACUCAUUGGAUUGUGUUGUAUUAAUUGUCAAAUCUUCACAAAGAAAAACGAAAAUCGCCUCAAAGAUGUUUGA